AUGCGACGUGAAGGAUUUGCAAAUCUUGUUCCUGUUAAUCCUGAAAUCGAAAGAUCCUGCAGACAAAACAGAAGGAAAAAGAGGUUGGAAGUAUCAAUGGCUACCAACCAAAGAGACGGGGUUAACAACAAUGAUGGUCAGAAUCAUAUCGCUCAAGACCAAAAUGUGCGAGCAUUAAGAGAUUAUGUGCUCCCCGCUGUCACAGGAGUACACUCGUGCAUUAGGCCGCCUACUAUUACUGCCAAUAACUUUGAGAUUAAGCCGGCGAUGAUACAAAUGGUCCAGACUUCUGUUCAGUUUGGUGGUCUCCCCAAUGAGGAUCCUAACUUGCACAUAGUGAAUUUCCUUGAGCUAUGUGCAACGUUUAAGUUUAAUGGGGUGAGCGAUGAUGCAAUAAGGUUGAGAUUGUUCCCUUUUUCACUAAGUGACAGGGCAAAAAGUUGGCUUAUUUCUCUACAGGCCAACUCAAUCAACACAUGGGAGGAACUAGCUCAGAAGUUUCUCUCAAAGUUCUUUCCUCCUGCAAAAGCUGCAAAGUUGAGGGGAGAAAUCAAUAACUUCUAUCAGAAUGAGGGAGAGUCAUUGUAUGAUGCAUGGGAAAGAUUCAAAGACCUGCUCAGAAAAUGCCCUCAUCACGGUAUAGAGAAGUGGAUGUUAGUCCACAAUUUUUAUAAUGGGCUUUGCGGUACUACUCGCACUAUAAUAGAUGCAGCAGCAGGCGGUGCUUUCAUGAGUAAAGGGGCUGAUGAGGCAUAUGAAUUGUUAGAGGAGAUGGCUAUGAACAAUUAUCAGUGGCCUGCCGAACGAGACACUUCACAGAGAAAAGUAGCCGGGGUACAUGAAUUAGAUGCUAUAACUGCUUUAACUGCUCAGGUUGCUUCAUUGACAAAGCAGUUGCAACAAAACAAGAUCUCAGCUCAAGCCCAGGCUAUACAGAUGCAAUCAGGGUGUGAAAUAUGUGGAGGGCCUCAUUUAUAUGAACAGUGUACAGCGGCCAACAUGUGUGGUAAUCUGCCAGUUAAUCAGGCUCAGGUACAGGCAGUUGGUAAUUUUCAGAGGCCUUAUCAGAAUCCGUUCUCCAAUACUUAUAAUCCUGGGUGGAGAAAUCACCCAAAUUUCUCAUGGAGAAAUAAUCAGGGCCAACAGUCACAGUUUCAAGGGCCAUACCAGCAGCACAUGCCACAACAGCCUAUGAAUCAGGCCUCAUCAUCACACCAGCCUAGACCGCAAGAUCAACCAGAAAAGACUAAUGAGUUGCAAGCAGCCUUACCGCAAGGGAAUUUGCCUAGUAAUACUGUGGUAAAUCCUAAAGAGAACUGUCAAGCAAUUUCGUUGAGGAAUGGUAAGCAAGUGGAGCAGCCCAGUGUACAAAAGUCAGUGGUUCGGAAUGAAGAGUUGGGUGAGAAAUCAGAUACUAAAGCGAAUGGGGUUACUAAAGACCACCAGGGAUCAAACAAGUGUCAUCCAGUUGUUGAUAGUCAGCCAGUUCAACUGCACAUCAAUAUUCCAUUUCCUGAGGCAUUAGAGCAGAUGCCUAGUUAUGUCAAAUUUAUGAAAGAGAUUCUGUCAAAGAAAAGAAAGAUGGAGGAGUAUGAGACGGUGGCGCUCACUGAAGAGUGUAGUGUGAUAUUGCAGAGGAAGUUGCCCCAAAAGUUGAGAGAUCCGGGGAGCUUUACUAUACCGUGUACAAUUGGGAAAUUUGAAUGUAAGCAUGCUUUGUGUGAUUUGGGGGCGAGUAUAAAUCUGAUGCCUUUGUCUGUAUUCAGAAGACUUUGUUUGGGGGAGGCUAGUCCUACAACAGUCACUCUACAAUUAGCAGAUCGAUCAGUGAAACACCCCAGAGGAAUCAUAGAGGAUGUUCUUGUGAAGGUGGAUAAGUUCAUUUUUCCAGCAGAUUUCAUAGUUCUGGAUAUGGAGGAGGAUAUGGAUGUACCAAUCAUUCUGGGCAGGCCAUUUUUAGCUACGGGGCAGGCUUUGAUUGAUGUUCAGAAAGGUGAGUUGACACUGCGAGUUCAGGGCGAAGAAGUGGUAUUCAACGUGUUUAAGGCCUUAAAGUUUGCAAAUGUCAAUGACAACUAUUUCAGAGUUGACCUGGUAGAGAAAGCGGUGGCUGAAAUUAAUCUUACAGAGGAUUCACUUCAGAAGAGCUUGACAAUUGGGGAUAUAGAUGCUGAGUCAGACAGUGAGGUCCAAGAGUGUGUACAGUGGUUGAAUUCUAAAGGGCCAAUUUAUAAUCGAAAAUAUGAAGAUUUGGGCCAAGGACCUGAGAGACCAUUACCAUCAGUUCAGAAACCUCCAGAGCUGGAAUUGAAAUCAUUGCCUGCACAUCUUCGCUAUGUUUUCCUGGGUGAGAAGGAGACUUUACCAGUUAUUGUGUCUUCUUCUCUUUCUAAUGAGGAGAUGGAAAAAUUGUUAAGGGUGUUGAGAACUCAUAAGUUGGCAAUUGGAUGGACGUUGGCAGAUAUUCAGGGGAUAAGUCCAUCCACAGUUAUGCACAAGAUCUUGAUGGAAGAUGACAGUAAGCCCUCUAUUGAAGCACAACGUUGA